AUGGUAUCCCCUAGUACUAGUGGCGGUUCUUCCGCUCCGGUACCGAGUGGUGCUGCCGCAAAUCCCUACGGCGCCCCGCCCCCCGAGACAGCGGAUCAUGGAACGAAGACAAUGCCCAAGAUUGGGGACCCCGCCCUUUGCUCCGGGCCAAAGCUAGCGCCGUUUAAUCCGACAAGCGACGAAGUGAUUCAGCUGGCGCUGGAUUUCUACGCGGAGGGCGCGGGUGUGACGGACCGUGACGUGUUUUUCGAUCUUGGCUGCGGUGACGGCCGUGUAGUGGGUGCUUUCGUCAAGCGCUUUGCGGACCGACUACCACGAGCGGCCAUCGGGAUAGAGUACGAUCCCGUUUUGUUCGAGAAGGCACAGGAGCGGCUAGAAAGCUGUCAGCUACUUCACGGCAAGACAAGAACUCCUGCUGCGUUAUGUUCAACCUCAUCUACUGCGCCGGCGAUUCUUGAAGAAGAAACUGCGGCCACGAGCGGAGAAUACCUGGUCAAAGACAGAGAGGGCGCCGUGCUGUCUUCGAAAGCUGCCGGCCAGGUACUAGCGGCGAUGCGCUUUGGAAGAUCUUCUCAAACUACUUUAACAGAUACAGAAACACCAAAUAGCGGAAAUGAAAACACGCUCCGCCCCGAGCUGCUGCUCGCUGAUGUAUGCGGAUUUCGGACAGAAAUUGCCGAAACUGGAACAAUAUUUUUCGUAUACUUGGUUCCGGAGGGCAUGAAGCACAUCGUGGAUGUGCUCGAAACGGCGCUGACGACGAGAAAAUGCAAGGUUGUGUCGUAUGUGUUUCGCCUGCCUAUCGAAAACGUGGCUCCAACGAAAGUGGAAAAGUUCAAAUCCAUACCAGUGUAUUGCUAUGAAGGUUGCGUAGUAACAAAAACGUGAAGCACGACCUGAAGGAGGGACCUACAUUUCAAUACGCAAAUGACGGCGAUAAAGGAAAUUUGAAACCGAGUUUCUAGCGCAAGAAUCCAAAAUCGGAG